AUGUCACAGCUGACAAGCACCAGCUCAACUGGUACAGCACAGCCCGCACACCAAAGCUCCAGUGGGGUGCCCGCCCAUUUGCAGGCGCAUGCACAGGCGCUGCAGCAAGGCUUUCAACUGUACGCUGGCCUAAAAACAGGUGGUGUUGGCUCGCCGCUCUCGGCAGCAACCAGUUCCAGUUCGGCCGCAGCUGCUGCAGCCGCGGCGGCAGCCGUCAGCAAUGUGGCUGCACACAGCGCGGCUUCAGCAACAGCAACAUCUAAUGUGUCCGCCACAAGUGGCGUUGAUGUAGCCACAGCGAUUUCGCUGAAGACAUCCGCGGCUGAGGCGACCGGCAUGGUGCCGGGCAGCGCUUUCAAUUUCGGACCCACCCCUGGCAGCCUUGGCUUAUAUGGCGACCAAGCGGCAGCAGCUGCCGCCAGCAGCUACUUAGAUCAAUUCAGAGAUGCAUCCAACCCCUACUAUAUGCCACCAGCGCCGGCGCCCGCUCACCGCAACUCGGCAAGCGAUGCUAGUGCGGCAGAGAAAGCGCAAUCAGCGCUAAAUCCAGGUGCAUCGGCGGCCGCCGCUAGCGCUUACCCAUUCUUGGCGGCGCACACAACACCGCGUGGCACCCCAUACUCAUUUAUGCAUAAUACAGGCGCCUCACAGCUGGCCGAUCCCAAUUCUCAGCUAUAUUCCUCCUACUUGCGGCGAGAGGAUUUCCUUAUGUUCAAUCAAGGGCUACUGGGACGUGGCGCAGGUGCAGCAGGCUAUGGACAACCACCGCCGCCAACAGCCUAUCGGCCAUCCUCACUGGGUAUGCCCAAGCCGUAUGAUAUCAAUCGAUCAUGGUUUUAG